AUGGAAAUUUUGAACGUCUUUGCUGGAUAUCCUAUAAUAACUCGAACCAUUUUAAUUAUGAUUAUAAGCCUUUUUGUGUUAAUGAAAGUUCGAAUAAUUCAUAUCUCACAACUAUCAUUUGACGUUGAUGCAAUUCUUUCUGGUGAAAUUUGGAGAUUAGUUACACCAUUUCUAGUGUAUUCUGAUAGGUUUAGUAUUUGGUUUAUAUUUGAGCUUUUGUUUAUCUCUCAGGCAUUAUCUCAAAUUGAACAAACUUAUAGAAGUUGGUUACAUUGUUUAUGGGUUAUUUUUAUAGGAUGUUCGGGGAUUUUAGUUUUGUCUUUUACAUUUCAUUUUAUAGACUAUGUCCCAGGACAACUCCCUUUAUUAUUCAAUUCAUUUUCUAACUUUAUAAUUUAUCUCUGGUCAAAACAAAAUAGAGAACAAAGAGUCGCAAUGUUCUUCAUAUUUGUUAUACCUCUUGUAUAUUUCCCAUGGAUUUCUCUAUUUCUUCAUGUCUCCUUUAUAAGUGAAGCUAUUAACGACAUUUAUGGCAUUUUUAUUGGUCAUGUUGUUUACUGGUUAGAAACAGUAUUCCCAAUGUACUAUAACUGGAAACCACUAGAAUUACCAAAAUUCUUGUAUGACCUUUUCAUUCAUCCUAUUCAUCUAGAAGAAGAGCAAAACCCUAAUAUCGAACUCAAUGAAGAAAAUCAAAUAGAAGGUCAACAACUCAAUGAAAAUGAUGAGUAAGAAAUUC